AUGUUCGGCCGCAUCAAGGAUAAGUUCUCAACCAAGGAGUCCUCGACCAAGAACCACACUCAUCUCGACAUGGGCAACAUAAGCUCAAACACAAACACCAAGAACAACAAUCCCUUCCUAGAUGUUCCCGAGGAGGCUCCUCCUGCUUAUGAGUCCGCUCAAAAGACCGCUCCUCUCCUCGAUGUUCCUCAGCGUGGAUCUUCACCGGCUCCUAGCAUGUCAAGCAUCACCAGUGCCGAAGAUAAAUAUGCAUUCCUAUCUACUUUCGAUACCAUCUUUAUCAUCGACGACUCUGGAUCCAUGAUUGGUCGAUCGUGGGAGGAGGUUGAAUACGCGCUGAGCGCUAUUGCCCCGAUCUGUACUUCUCACGACUCCGAUGGUAUUGAUGUCUACUUCCUGAACCAUCGAUCGUUAGCCGCCGGAACUGGAGUUCAAGCACCCGGUGGAUAUUUCCAGAUCCGGGACGCCGACCAAGUCAAACGUCUGUUCAACGAAGUCUCUCCCAAAGGAGCAACACCAACGGGCUCUCGUCUUCAAAGCAUUCUCAAGCCUUAUGUCGCCCAUCUCUCCCGUCAUGCGGCCAACAUUGACUCAACCAAGCCGAUCAAUAUUAUCGUAAUCACCGACGGAUGCCCCACGGACGACCCAGAGGGCAUCAUCGUUCACCACGCCAAGAAGCUUGAUCAGAUCGAGGCUCCUCCUCAUCAAGUUGGCAUCCAGUUCUUCCAGGUUGGCAACGAGCUUGGUGCUACCAAGGCUCUGCGUGAGCUCGACGAUGAUCUUGCUGACCAGGGCAUUCGAGACAUGGUUGAUACAGUAACAUGGAAUUCCACUACCUCGAAAACCAGUAAGACUCUGACCGCAGAUGGGAUUCUCAAGGUGGUUCUCGGUGCUGUCGUACGACGAUUAGAUCGUAAGAUCACGCGGAGUGAAGCGCAAAGCGGCCGAUACUAA